CUGAUAUCCAGCUCUUACGUUGCUGGGACUCUGUCGCGGAGAGCAGUUCGAAGAUAUAUUUAGAAACGGAUAUGCAAGCCACGGCCCCAACUCUGACAACGCAAUAACUCACUGAAUUCAUUUAUUAGACGAAGAAACAUAUGCGCUCCAGAACCGUGCCGCUUUGCCGGUAAUGAAGCCAUCCGAAGAUGGAGGCUUUCAUGCGAAAGUACUAUGCCGAAUAUUGCGACGGUAUUGGGGAUCUGAGGCCUACUGGGUGGCUCCUUCGUUUGAUGCCUCGCGCAAGCCAGGUAGCCCCUAGUAAAUUCAGAAAAGUCAAUCUUGAUUCUUCUUGGAGACGGAGAUGGUAUGAGGAUAUUCUACCUUUAUGUCCUCUUCCCGCAUACAAGCAAUACGUAUGUAACGACGAUCAUGGAUUUUCUUAUCAGAGCUUGCCUGGUAAUGACCACAUACGUUUACUCGAGCUCAACCCAGCCGCAACUACCGAAGCGGUCAUUGAGUGUACGCUCACUACCCACCCGAUUCAGGAGCACCCACCAUACGAGGCCUUGUCCUACACCUGGGGAGCUCCACAACCGGAAUAUAUAAUCUCAUGCGAUAGGAAACCUUUGCCCAUUGGCGAAAACCUGUGGCGAGCUCUACACCGGCUCCGCCGCGAGAAUGAAGAGAGGGUUCUGUGGAUUGAUGCAGUUUGCAUCAACCAAGCAGACAAACAAGAGCAAGGCUCUCAGGUAUCGCUCAUGAAACAGAUAUACCAAGAAGCCGAUGGCGUUGUUGUAUGGCUUGGAGAUGAAACCAAGACUAGCCCUCUUGGAUUCGACCUCUUACAUCGCAUCGCCAACAGCCCGAAGGUUCUUCAUGCUGCUCAGAGCCAGAGGUCCAUCCUUGUAGAAGACAUGGCCGAGGCCGGUCUUCCCGCCCCUUACAGCCAAGACUGGAAAGCCAUCGAUGCCAUAUUCUGGCGCGCAUGGUAUUCUCGCGUGUGGAUUAUUCAAGAGAUCACACUGGCCCGCAGAGCAACUGUCAUAUGUGGAAGAGAGAAGUUGGCAUGGAAUGACCUAAUCAACGCCGCAAGCCUGCUCAACAAAAGCGGACUGAUCAUGCUAGUCGACGUGGAUCCUGCCCCCGCCCUCACAACAGCAGGAUACGCGAACGGGUACCAUGCCCAAAACAACAACAGCAGCAGCGGCAGCAACAGUGGGCUACCACUGCUCUCUCUCCUCGUAUGGACUCGCGCCAGCCAAGCCACACAGCGCGUCGACAAAGUAUACGGGCUCCUCGGCCUUUCACAAGACGCAAGCGCUCUCGGCAUACAGCCAGACUACACCAUCUCCGCCACAGAGCUCUACAUCAAGAUAGCAGUGCAGCACCUAAGCACUGGCAGCCUCGACGUCCUCAGCGCCGUCACAGACGAAUACUGGCGCACGCGCAGCAACCUCCCGACCUGGGUGCCAGACUGGAGCACGCAGACACGGGCCGCGCCAUACGCGUUCUACGGACAGCCAGUACGCGCACACGCCGCCGACACGCAAGCAGCAGAACUGCGCUUCUCGGGCGCUGACGACCGCGUGCUCCACGCCAGCGGCUACGUAGUGGACAGCGUAGCGCGCGUCUGCGAGCCGAACACUCCGGCCCGCAUCCGGCGGGACGACAGUCCGGCGCUGCGGCUCGGCGGGCGCCGCUUCUGGAGCCAGGUUUUGUCCGUGGCGGCGGUGCGGCGGGUGCGGCAAUGGGAGCGGGUCGCGCUGGGCCUGCGCAGCUACCCCACUGGCGAGCCCACAGAGGAAGUGUAUCAUCGCUCGCUGAUCGCGGGCCAGUUCUGCGAGGCGCCGCCCGACGUGCUAAAGGGGUUUUAUGACGCCUUCAUGCGCUACACCGCGCGCUAUCCCUUCGGCGAGGGGUUUAUCCUGUUUGGGGAGCGCGACCCUGAGCGCGCUGAGGGCUACGAGGCCGCUAUGGCGUAUUUUCUGGAUGUAGAUCGCGCGACGUUUGGCCGCGCGCUGUUUACUACGAAGUUGGGGUAUAUGGGCAUUGGACCGCGCUCGACGUGGCCCGGAGAUCGCGUCGCCGUGCUGUUGGGCGGCAGGACGCCGUAUGUGCUGCGCUCGGCGUGGGGCGGGAAGUUCAAGUUUGUGGGCGAGUGCUUCGUGCAUGGCUUGAUGCAGGGCGAGGCGGCGAGGAUGGGCAAACCAAAGGUCGAGGUCAAGAUUGUGUGACUGUUGCGGAUGCUCGUGAUAUAAGAUUUUAGCAGCUUGGUAGCCGUGUAUAACUCUCUUGGUUUACGGGACGCUGCUGUUUACCGGCCAAGGCAAUAAAGAUGGUAAUAUAAGCCUAGUUGGAGCAUAACAAGCUGCAGGUACCCGCAGGCGGAGGA